AUUUUCAAUAUGGAUAUUCCCGAAUUCGAGGAAAUUUUUAAGCAAAUAAAUAUAAAUUUCUGGCUUAUCGGCAUUCCCUUUGAUGAAACUCGUAUAAAAUUAAGAUAUUUUAUCUUCCUAUUCCUUAUUAUUACUACAGCUUUAGAGGAAGCAGCAUUCUUUUUCUCUAACAUUUCGGCAGAGAAUCUUCUCGAGUUAACUCAAUUAGCGCCAUGUAUUUGCAUUGGUUGGCUAUCUUUUUUGAAAAUCUCAUUCAUUACUUCUAACCGACAAAGGAUUUUCGAUUUAACCAAUUGUUUGAAACAGUUAUACACUGAGAUGCUUAUUGACGCUAAAAAACGGGAGGUUGCAAGACGCGACUUCAUCUUUCUGAAAUUUUUGGUGAAAUACUUCUUUAUCUUGAAUUUAAUUCUGAUAAGCGUGUACAACUUUUCUACGCUGAUAUUUAUAUUUUAUCGUUAUUAUACGGAAGAAGUGAUAGUUUAUAGUUUGCCGUACGCUGUACUUGUUCCAUUCUCAACAGAUGCUUUCCAUACCUGGUUAUUUGUAUAUAUCCAUUCAAUUUCUGCUGGUUUUAUUUGUGUUCUAUAUUUUACUACUGUGGACGCUCUAUAUUAUACUCUUACAUCUCAUAUCUGUGCUCAAUUUGUGCUACUUAGUGACGAAGUUAAAGAUUUGGAUCAAAAUACCUGCCAAUGUCUUGGUGAAAUUGUAAAGAAGCAUCAGUAUAUUUUAAAUCUCUCAGAAGACCUUGAAGUAAUUUUUAGUGCACCAAAUCUGUUCAAUGUCCUAGUUGGAUCUAUUGAAAUAUGCGCACUAGGAUUUAAUUUAACAAUGGGACAGUGGGCUCAGUUACCAGGAGUUAUUUUGUUUUUGGUCUCUAUUUUAAUUCAAAUAUUGAUGAUAAGUGUAUUUGGAGAAAAUCUUAUAAGAGAGAGUAGAAAGGUCGGGGAUGCAGCAUUUAUCUGCAAAUGGUACGACAUGGACAAGAUGGCAAAGAAAAUUAUUUUAUUACUUAUGUUAAGAUCCCAUAAAUCUCAAAAAUUGACAGCUUACAAAUUUUCCGUCAUAUCGUACCAAAGUUUCACAAAGAUCAUCAGCACAUCGUGGUCAUAUUUCACUAUUCUGAGAACUGUUUACACCCCGCCAGUAAUCAACAACGAAUAA